AUGAGUUCUUGUAUCCGACUCAGGCUCGCCUCGAGCUUGAGACUCAACUCUUCCCUCCCCCGCUCCCGAAUCCUGUCACGGAAGCUGCACGAACGCAGACCGUUGCAGUACCCGAUUGAAGGCGGUCUCGGAAACUUCUUGCCUCCGCCUGCACUCAAGACUGCAGUUGAAUGGCAAACGGGUCUUCUAGAUCGUUUGAAUGAAGAGGUCAAGGGUACCGCCGAGGAGUCCACCUCUGUAAUACAGACCGUGCUCAACACCUCGGUUUCCAAAGAGCGAACGCUGGCAUUCAACUAUGCAAGCCUCGCUCUCAACAACUCAUUCUUCCUUGACCAACUGAAACCUCCUCCAAGCGAAGGUGCAAACCACGAACACGAAAUCUCAGUAGACCUCUUGCGUGCCAUCGAGGAGGAAUACGGAAGUCUUCGACAACUGAAGUCGAGCAUCUCCGCAGCGGCGCUCGGCAUGUUCUCCAACGGCUGGGUCUGGUUCGUCACAGAUGCCAAUGGUUCCACUGGUAUCCUCCCAACGUUCGGCCCAGGAACCCUCCUCGUUCGUUCGCGAACAUACAUGGGCUCCGAGAAGGGUCUGGUACUCGGUGACAAGUUGAUUGUCGGUGGUGUUUCCGGUGACCUCCCUCCCACAACCUCAUCGCCUGCAGGCUCAGCGACGGUGAAGCCACAACCCCCUGGCACCGGGUCCACAUCACCUCUCUCCGGCGCCAACUUCCCCAAUACCCCCCGAGCACCAGACGCACUUGGACCUCGGUUCUCUUCCACCAGAGCCUGGAAUACGGAACCCAGGCAGGGCAUUUUCUCUAUGUCCGAGACUGCUGCUCCUCUCAAAAAGCCCACCAUUUUAACCGUCGGAGAGGAGAUCUACCCCCUCUUCUGCAUACCCGUCUACGAGCACAACUGGAUGAGCGCGGGGUACGGUGUAUGGGGCAAGGAGGACUGGUUGAAGGAGUUCUGGAGCGUAGUCAACUGGGCUAAAGUCAGCAAGUCAUACUCCACCGCUUUGUCGGCCAGGAACAACUUCUCAUUUGGCACGCGCUAA